AUGGUUAAAGCUAGUGUGAUUGAGGAGAUCUUCAUCUCUCUCAAGAGGCGACGGCUUCUCGGAUCGGAACAGAUCAUCUCUUCCGUCAUCAUCUUCACUUCUCCAGCGUCGGUCAUCCUCGGCGAGUCGGCGUCAUCAUCUCCGCCGUCACUCAGCUCUGUUGCUGCGGCUUCUCGGAUCGGAGUCGAUCAUUUCUUUCGUCAUCAUCUCCACUUCUCCAGCAUCGGCGUCGUUCAUCCUCGGCGAGUCGGCGUCAUCAUCUCCGCCGUCACUCAGAUCCGUUGCUGCGGUAAUCAAAGGAAUCCGCCGCCAUCCGCCGUAAAGGUAUUAAAGGAAAUGCUGCUAAGAUUCACUUUGGCUGCAAAGGAAUCAGAUUAUUUCGUUGUAUCAAAACAGCUAGAAUUGGAGAUUUCGCUUACUUUGGCUGCAAAGGAAUCGUUUCAGUCUUCGGUUAAUGCUGAUUCAGCUAGCUGUAACAAUCAAGCUUCUGAUACAUUUGCUUCGCCUGUUUCUACUGUCCAGAGAGAAAUACAGGAUAGGCUUCCUAAUCAAGUACUAAGCAUUCCAAAACAACUUGACCUUUGUAGGUUCUUACUGAUCCAGCAAGCUGUAACAGGUGUUUCUACAGUUCCUCUGAAUUCUCUUCCGGAUUUUAGUCCUGUCCAUAUUGGACUUUCACCAACAACGAGAGGAGCUGGUGAUAUUAAGGUGAAUAGAUAUUUUAAGACCAAGGGAGAGUUGAUGUUGAGGAUGAAGAAAUGGGCUUUAGAGUGGAAGUUUGAGUACAAGACUGUCUCUUCUAACAAGUCAAGAGUGUUAUUGAGUUGUGUUGAUGACAAUUGCACGUGGAGGAUGCGUGCUACUAAGCUACCUCUUUCAGACUUUUUCGUUGUUAAAAAGUAUGUUCAUGAGCAUACAUGCGAUACAACACACAGGAAUGCCAACCACAGACAAGCAUCUGCAAAGUUGUUGGGUUCUUUGAUUUGCAGCAAUUAUGGAGAAAAGAAGGAAGGUCUCAAACCGAAACAGAUCAUUGAACAGGUCAGGAUCCUGCAUGGCGUUCACAUCAAUUACAAACAAGCUUGGAGAGUGAAAGAAGAAGCUCAGUUCUUGGUUAGAGGGACUCCUGAAGACAGCUAUUACAAUUUGUCUAGGUGGUUGUACAAAGUCACAGAGACAAACCCUGGUUCGUUAACUUAUCAACAAGUGGAUGCUGCUGGAAAGUUCAAGUAUGCAUUUGUGGCUUUUGGUCCAUCGAUAAGGGGAUUCUCAUUGAUGAGGAAAGUUAUUGCAGUAGAUGGUACAUUUCUGAAGGGAAAAUUCAAUGGGACUUUAUUGGCAGCUUGUGCUCAAGAUGGGGAUUAUCAUCUAUAUCCUCUGGCCUUUGCAGUGGUCGACGCAGAAAAUGGCGCCUCUUGGAAAUGGUUCUUUAGAGGUUUGAGCCAGAUGAUCCCGGACGCUUCGGAUCUUGUUUUUGUAUCAGACAGGGCUAACUCCAUUGCUUCAGCGUUGGAGGAUGUUUAUCCCUUAUCUCACCAUGGAAUCUGCAGGAUCCAUCUGCUCCGCAACAUCACUCCUACAUAUUCGAAGACUGGUCUGCUACCUCUGGUGGAAAGCGCUGCUGAUGCUUACAUGUGUCACGAGUUCAGGUUAAUCUUCAAGGACAUAGAGGAUAAAUGUCCUGAAUUGGCCAAGUAUCUAGAAGAUUCGGAUUUUAGGAAGUGGGCACGAUGCUUUGCGCCUGCGAACAGGUACAAUAUCAUGACUACCAACAUUGCAGAGUCUCUUAAUUCUAUGUUGAAGCUGCCUCGUGAGUUGCCACUGAUCUCUCUCCUUGAGACGAUCAGAUUGACACUCACCACUUUGUUUUUUGAGCGACGCGAAGCGGCUGCGAAACAUAAGCACCUGGUUACUCCAAAAAUUGUGCAGAAGUUGGUAUCCAGGUUUGGGGCUGCAAUGGUGCUGAAUGUGUAUCAAGUUGAUCAAAACGAGUUUGAGGUGAAGGAUGAAACUAUGAAGUAUGUUGUUGAUUUGGAGAAACGGCAUUGCACUUGUAAUGUUUUCGACAUUGACAAGAUCCCCUGCAUUCAUGCAAUUGCUGCUGCUAAGUAUAUUAAGAGAGAUGAAAACCGUUACGUCGAUACUUCUCACUUGACAGAAACGUGGGCUAAAGCCUAUGCCGAAAGCAUACACCCUGGUGGAGAGUUGUCAACGUCCACCUAUCCAGCGAAUAUUGACGAACUGUCUUGCCCACCUCCAGCUACCAAAAAGAGAAGUGGACGUCCUCCUACAAAGAGAAAGAGAUCCGUUGGCGAGUUUGGUGUUCCUGGAUCUAAAUCUCAGUCCCACAAGUGCAGCAGAUGUGGCACAGGAGGACACAACAAGAUCACAUGCAAGAGGCCUAUAGGAUGA